AUGCCAAAACGGUUGAACAACAACAACGGCACUAUAACACGAGGUCUCCCGGCCGGUCGGGUCCGUGACCCGACGGCACGUGUCAUUCUCCCGCUUCACCCUCUCCCGCUCGCCCACCAUGUCCUUCCUCAAGACCAAGCCGGUGCUGUCUACAACUACCCCCAAGCCGCCUCCCCCGCUCGUGCCGCCUUUGCCUGCCGCCAAACAACCCUACAAAUCACCAGCUUGUCAGCGCCGAGCUCAGUCUAUCUAAAAAGGGUGCUGCAAUGCCGACUACUCCCGCCAGCGCUGCUCGAACCACGUUUCCCGCUCCCGCUCCCGCCUUCUGCAACAGCCGCCGAACGCGCGCGGGAAGAUUGCGCCGGGCGUGGUCAUUCUAGCAAGAGAGAGGUCACGGCGGGGAAGCGGGAUGUGGACUCGGAGGAAGUCGUGAAGCUAGCAAAGGGCAUGCUUGUCGUGAGCUGGAAUGGGAGUUAG